AUGAACCACAUUUGGCCACCUCAACCAGUCACCAUCUCUGGUUGUCGGAAACUUCCUCUGGAGAAUUCUUUAUUUGUGAAGGAGUCUAAAUGCAGCUUUGGACAACCUCGAGUAGAGUAUCUUGGUCAUAUUAUCUCCGAGGAUGGGGUAGAAGUAGACCCUUCAAAAAUAAAGACUAUGGUUGAGAGCCCUACACCAAAACAUGUUUGGGCACUACGUGGAUUUCUUGGCUUAACUGACUAUUACAGGAAAUUUGUCAAGGACUAUGAAAACAUUAAUGCACCUUUAAAAACCUUGUCACAAAAGGAUGCAUUUAAUUGGGGGCCAGAUGCUGAAGCUGCCUUUGUCAAAUUGAAGGACGCUAUGACGUCUGCUCCUGUCCUUGCUCUACCAGAUUUCCUUUAA